GAAAGAUGUGCUUGUAAUUGUCUUUGUCUAAGUAGAGUCUGUAAUUGUCCUUUUGGGAAAACAAUAGCUAACAUAACUACAUAGAGGCUAGAGCCACAUUACAUCUAUAAAAUAUCCUGAAAUCUCAUCUGCCAGCAGUUCCUGAAGACCACACUUGAGAUAACUUCUCUCUGUUUCUUCUUUUCUCUUUGUCUGAGGUCCAUUUUUGAGCAAUGGCGAGAAAACUAAGCAUUGUUGUACUUUGCAUUGUUCAAAUGCUGCUUCUUCUUGUGGAAAACGAUGCUGAGAUUGUUGUGUCCACCGUGGAGGCUCCAGCUCCGCAGCCUCACAAGAACACCACCCACACCCUGUCCAGCGCUCCAGCUCCGCUGCCUCACACAAACACCACCAAGUCCCAUGUUCCCAAUUUGCAGCAUGGCAUCACCGAAGGCAGUCUUAAACCACAAGAAUGUGGGCCACGUUGCACCGCUAGAUGCUCAAACACACAAUACAAGAAACCGUGCCUAUUCUUCUGCCAAAAGUGCUGUGCCAAGUGCUUGUGUGUGCCUCCUGGAACUUUUGGCAACAAGCAAGUUUGCCCUUGCUACAACAACUGGAAGACAAAAAGAGGAGGACCAAAAUGCCCCUGAAACUUUAAAUUUUACCUAUUAAGUCUCUUAAUGCCCUUGCUAGUUGCUACCACCACUCCAUGUAUUUAUAUAUGUACCCACCAGAUUGAAAUUAAGUACCUUAAUUUAAUCUUUUUUGUCUUUGUGUGCUUUCAUAAUCCUUAGGGAAUAAGACAGAACACUUCUGUUCUGGCAUUGAACUUGUAGUCAAAUUCCUCCCUAGAAAUUGUUAAACAAGGCACAAGGAAGACACACAAUGCAAAUAUGUGUCCUCUCGUUAUGAAAAUUUAAAUAUUAUUAGUAUGUUAUAAGUUUGCAUUAGUAUAUGCUUAGAAGCUACCAAUGAGGUCUAAUUUAGUUGGUUGAAUAAGAUGCGUGAUAGGUGAGUUAUUGAGAA